UGGUAGAACAAUUUUUGACCCGGGUACGUUAUAUAUGAGUUUGGCCAGGAAGGAAUCAUAUACUAAUAUUCUGUCUUGGACGUGUCAGACGCCACUCCAUCAUACGCCUUGAAAUUUACCACCCUUCACAUGUCAGCAGAACCCGUAGACCUUUCCACCAUGGCUCGUUCCAAGCUACAUUCAGCUAUGGGAGGCAGCCUACACCGCUGGGUGCUUCUCAAAAACUCUAUAUUUCGACCACCUAGCGCCCCCUAUGAGCCCAGUGCGGCGACCAGUGUUUCCUAUUCAAAACAUGUUUACAUUUCAAGCGAUGUUGGGGAUAACGAAGACGACGAUGAGGAGUUGGAUUCAUUCAUGUUCCCCGACGCUUCCAAGCUUGUGGGGGUCGGAGCCAGUACAUCCGAAGCUGAGUGGCUCGACUCACUUCUAGAAUCCCUAGUCGAAGGUGGAGAUGACGCAUCGGAUGCCGACGUUCGCAUAUCCGUCCUAGCGGUUGAAGAUGAUGAAGAUCCCCCACUUAGCCCCUUAACGUCACCAAUGUCUUCGUCGGACGACCUAUUCAGCCAUCAAGCAUACGUUGUGCCAUAUCCCGUGCCAUAUCCGCCUUUCCAUCCACCACUUGUUCGUCCAUAUGAUCUUGGUCCCAUCAUUGAGUCUCCUAUUUCACCAUUUCCAGCGUAUGACGCUCUACCCUACUAUGAUGCCGACGAGUUAGACGAUCUAUCUGUCCCAGAAGCCAUAGAGGACACUUCAGACGACGAGUCCGAUGCCCUUUCCACGCCUUCCCUAGGACGCUCGUCAGAACUUGACUUUGUGGAUCCGACGUCCCUGCCUCUUCCAGGGCAACGGGGGAGGCGACGGUCACAGCCUCACGUGUACAUCCGGCACCCGGACUCUUAUUUUGAUCGUUAUGCGCUCGAUCCCCUUCCGUUUCCCGAUGAAGAUCACUCCACUUCGUAUAAUGCUGUCUAUCAUGAAUGUUAGUUUCGCCUUUUUUAACCUAGAAUAUGGUUUUCUGCCCUAUAGUAAGUAGUGUACAUAACCGUCACUUUGUUCAUGUAUGUUAGUUUCCAUUUUGGGAAUAUGGUUCUCGCUUCCGCCUCU